AUGGCGGAUGAUAAAGCACCAUCUUCUUCAAUUUGUACCAUAAAAAUGGAUAUCAACUGCUGUCAAAAGUGCCCUCUAAAGCUAGAAAAGAAGCUCCUCAAAUCAAAUGGUAUGUUGUUUUCAGGAUGGAGAAGUCAUCAUUUUUUGUGUUUAGUUUUCAUUUGCAUUCCUAUCUUUCAAAAUCUUAUACUUUUGCUCGAUGAGAGUUUAGACUAUGUAUUUGAAACAUUUCAAUCCUCAUCUCUUUCAUCACAAUAUAGAACUUGCAUUUACCCUUAUGUUGCAUCUGAGUUUUCCCCCUUCAUAUGUGAAUUUACUGUGGUAGGAGUGGAAUCUGUUACUAUAGACCCAAAUAAAGGGCUGGUAACAAUAUUAGGCGACAUUGACCCUCUUGUGCUCUUGCAAAAAAUAAAAGCAAUGGGAAAAGAAGCCAAGCUCUGGUUCUUUCAAAAGGAACCUGGCCACGACGAUGAAGCCACUGACCGUUCGAAGAGUGCUUCGAAGAUCGAACAUGGUAGUAUUGAAUCUGGUAGUAACAAUGAAGAUGACAAACAGUUUGAUUGGCAUGCACAACAUAAGUGUCUUGCUGCCUGCUAUGUCUUCUAA